GAAAGUACAACUCUGCUGAGAUGAAAUCUGUAUUUUGGAUGGUGGUGGUUGCCCUAAUAAUUCACGAAGCUGGAGCUGAUGAUGAAUGCAGCACAGUGACAGCACUGGUAUCAGCAUGUGCCAGCUUCGUGAACUAUGGCACACCAGAUCCGAUUCCAGGUGCACCAUGUUGCGUUGCUAUGACAACCCUAAGCACUGUAGCUAGCUCCACUGGCGUUCAGACUCGCCAGUCUGUCUGUAGAUGCAUGAUGGAGCUUAUUACUACUUACAACCCAAAUGCUACUGCCAUUGCCACUCUGCCUGGUUUCUGUGGUGUUUCUCUUGGUUUCACCAUUGACCCUAACACUGAUUGUGAAUAUGUCUCGUGACAAAUUGGUGUCGGGAAAGUGAAUGCUGAAGAAGAAACACUUAUCGUCACUCUAAUCAAGAAGAGCAACCUUACAAGAACAGUUUGUAUUUUGCUAUUUACAUAUGGGUUGUCCAAAGGGAAACUAAACAAAGACUUGGUCUUUACUUCCUUUGAUGACUAUAGUAUGACGUGAAUAAUACUUAA